AAUCUCAGUACGCUGAUUGCAAACACGGAAAUCUAGCGAGAGAAGGAGCCUGUGGGACGUCAGCGCACUGUAGUUAUUUGCUACCUUUAAUUUCAUUGCAGUUCCGGUUCCUUCUAAUCAAAAGCGCGAAAAAUACCAGAAGCGGCGGUGCAUCUGUUUUUACCCCCGUUCUAUGGAUUUGUUGCAGCUGCUAUCAUGGGCUUGCAUCGUGUUUACAGUCGGGAUGUUCUCGACUGGACUGACCGACCUGAAGAAGAUGCACGAAUCCAAGAGUGCUGACAACAUCCAGUUCCUCCCUUUCCUCACUACGUGUCUUAAUAACCUGGGUUGGUUGUAUUAUGGGAUUCUGAAGAGAGAUCAAACAAUUGUCCUGGUCAACGUUAUCGGAGCUUUUCUGCAGAUCCUCUAUGUCGCCACGUACCUCCACUACACAAAACAAAAGAGGCAGGUGAUGUCCCAGACGCUUGCUGCAGGAAUGGUGCUGACCUGCGCUUGGUUCUACUUCACCACGUUUCUUCCGCCGGGAGACACUCGUCUCAGCCAGCUAGGCCUCACGUGCAGUGUGGUCACCGUCAGCAUGUACCUGUCACCGCUCACUGACUUGGUGGAGAUUGUGCGUAGCGGUAAUGUGCAGCGCUUAUCCUUCCCUCUGACUGUAGCCACUUUCUUCACUUCAACCUCCUGGGUCCUCUACGGCCUCCAGCUGAACGACCACUACAUCGUGGUUCCAAACACCCCUGGAAUCUUCACCAGCCUCAUCAGAUUUUAUUUGUUUUGGAGAUUUGCGUCUAAUCAAUCACCUUCCUAUAAGACUAUGCAGAUAUGAGGGAAAGGGAUAUAAAAAGGGGGAAGUCAUGACAGAUGUGAUGACUCCAUGGAUUGCUGCAGCAAAGCCGUCCCAUCGAUUGUCUUGACUGAAACAAACUGUUAGUGGGGCGACACCACUGCUAAAGUGGAGAUAAUGUCUUGUUUUUGUUGACUUUAUCAUUUCAGGAAGGGAUAUCAAGGAGCACAAUUAGUCAGAAAAGUGGUGAAUUCAAUUGAGUUCAGCAAUUACAGAUUUUUUUUUCUGCAGCUAUUUGUCAAACCUGCAACCUGUCUCCUCUUCAUGUCUUUCAAGUGCCUUCUGUUAGGUCAUGGUUGCCAUUAAAGACCAAUGGCAUUUCCUGAUCUACCAGAGUUUCUUAUCUGUGCAUAAUCCAGUGAAUUGGAUUGAAACUUUCUUAUGUCAUAUUAUCCAAAGAUUUUGUGGAGUUGUAACUUUAGCGGCUGCUAUUUUAAUAUCUCAUAUGGUUGCUCUGUUUAUUAUUACUCAUAUGUAGUAUGAACCACUUUCAUAUCUAUUCAGAGUUGCCUCUGUAUCACCAUAUAGAUGAUAUAUUAAGUCAUAUCAGUGGCAGUAAGUUAUAUUUGUGUAGAAUUGUUUUCUAUACAUUUUUAUGUGAGAUUUUUUUUUAUACAGAAUGUGUAUAAUGGUUUAUGUCCAAGAUCAAGUAUUGUUAAUGCUAUUUUUAUAAACUCUUAUAUAUGAGAUUAAAUAAAAUGCAAAUGAAAUUAACACCAUAAGAUUCGUUUACAACAAUGAAUGGUGCUUUUUUUUCUGGUGGUUGCUUGUCGUGGUUAAUGGAGUCUCCUCAUUAUUAUCUGUAAUAAGGACAUAUGUUAUGCAAAUUAAACAGCUCUGUGUCAGCGCUGAUCACUAAUUUCUAAGGGAUGUAAGAUCUUAAAAGAUGCCAUGUAAAUAAAUUUUUACCUUCACCAUCA